AGCCGACACCGAGCCCAGAGACAUGCGAGUCCGAGGAACAUUCCAUCUCCUGCUUGUGUGCCUGAGCCCAGCACUGCUGUCUGCUGUACGGAUCAACGGGGAUGGCCAGGAAGUCCUAUAUCUGGCAGAAGGUGACAAUGUGAGGCUGGGCUGCCCUUACAUCUUGGACCCUGAGGACUAUGGUCCCAAUGGGCUGGACAUUGAGUGGAUGCAGGUCAACUCAGACCCCUCGUCUAGAGAGAAUGUGUUCCUUAGUUAUCAGGACAAGAGGAUCAACCACGGCAACCUCCCCCAUUUGCAGCAGAGGGUCCGCUUUGCGGCUGCAGACCCCAGCCAGUAUGAUGCCUCCAUCAACCUCAUGAACCUACAGGUAUCUGACACAGCCACCUAUGAAUGUCGGGUGAAGAAGACCACCAUGGCCACCCGGAAGGUCAUUGUUACUGUCCAAGCACGCCCCGCAGUACCCAUGUGCUGGAGUGAAGGCCACAUGACGAAGGGCAACGAUGUGGUGCUCAAGUGCUUUGCCAACGGGGGCUCCCAGCCACUGUCUUACAAGUGGGCCAAGAUCAGCGGGCACAUCCACCCCUACCGAGCAGGGUCCUACCACUCUCAGCACAGCUAUCACUCUGAGCUCUCCUACCAUGAGUCCUUCCAUGGCUCCAUAAACCAAGGUCUCAGCAAUGGCGACCUCGUGUUGAAGGACAUCUCUAGUGCAGACAACGGGCUGUAUCAGUGCACAGUGGCCAAUCACGUAGGCUACAGUGUCUGCGUGGUGGAGGUGAAGGUGUCAGACUCCAAGCGUGUGGGCAUGAUCAUCGGCGCCGUGCUGGGCUCUUUGCUCAUGCUGGCCUGCCUGGCCUUGGGCAUCUGGGGGCUCGUCGUCUGCUGCUGCGGGGGCCCCGGGUCUGGCGGCACCCGCGGUGCUUUCGGCUACGGCGUCGGCGGCGGGGUCGGCGGCGGGGCCUGCGGCGGCGACUUGGCUAGCGAGAUCAGAGAGGACGCCUUGGCGCCCGGGUGCAAGGCCAGCGGGCGCGGCACCCGCGUCACCCAGCUCCUGGGGUACCCGACUCAGAACGUCAGCCGCUCCCUGCGCCGCAAGUACGCGCCCCCGCCCUGCGGCGGCCCAGAGGACGUGGCCCUAGCGCCCCGCACAGCCGCCUGCGAAGCGGGCCCCUCCCCGGUCUACGUCCAGGUCAAGAGCUCCGUGCCCGCCGAGGGCGCCGAGGGGCUGCAGCAGUGCAAAGACGGGCUUUUGGUGUGAGCGCGCCGGGCUGCGCCCCGGCCGGGUCUGGACCCGGGGCUCUCCGCCCUCAGCCGGGAACGCGUUCGGGCCUGCGCACUUCGCUCUCUCCCCCCAGGCUGGUUGGCGUCUGGGGUUCCGGAAGGGCAGCUGAGGGAUUCCCCUAGGG